AUGACAUCGCGCGAUGUGUUGCUAUUUUGCCAGCAAUGGCAAAGUAGACUGCAUUCUGUGUCUGGUUCCCUAGAGCGUGACGACUUUCGUUAUGUAUCGGCAUUCAAAUCGUGGGAAGAAGCCCAUGAGCAAAUUAUCAGAGCCCAGGAAAACAUCGUACAUCAAGCGAUCUCCCAGGAGUUUGCGAUGUUUUUGCCUAGCUUUGCGAACCUGAAGUCAUUUGUUGAGAAUCUUUCGGUGCAAGUCAGCCCGCGGAAUGUUGAAACGUCCAUCAUAUGGGGCCUCAUUGGCCUCAUUACUAAGCUCUGUCACGAUGAAGGCGAUGGCGCAUCGCGUAUACCCGGAAUGUUGCAUGAUAUUUGUCUGAAGAUUGAGAUCCUGAACAACUACCGUGAAAGUACAGGAAGGUCUGUGCCUCAAAUACAAGAAGUUUCGUUCUCGAUUGCGCUUGGACUAUUGUUCUUUCUCUCACGAAUUGUCACUUUUAUGCGCGGUGACCAAUGGUACGAAAGUUCAAAGGGCCUAUCAAAGGAGCAAUGGGAACCCCUGGAGCUACAAUACAACUCUCUUAUCCGGGAAAUUGAUAACUCAAUGUCUCGCAUCGAGCGAGCAUUUAGCACGACCAAACGAGCUGCUCCAAAAUUCGAUGUCGAUGAUAUACUUCAACUCCAAUCCAUGCUUGCUUUAUCCCCUAAACCCGGUUUGAUGUCGCCUCAAGCCCUGGAUCGAUCAAAUGAGGUGGCCAAACUACCAUGCAUUAUUCCACCUCCUUUUAGGAUUCCUCGCUUCUUCAAUCGUACAGAUGUUAUGGCGAAGAUGGAAGGGUUCUUCGGCGACCAAGAUACCGAUCAUUCCUUUCGAUCCAUCGCGCUUUAUGGUCUAGGUGGGGUUGGCAAAAGCUCUGUUGCGCUUGAAUAUGCGGAGAGGAGACUGAGAAAUGGUGAAUUGGACGCUAUGUUUUGGAUCCCUAGCGAGAAGGCAGUCACUAUCCGACAGUCAUUCACUGAGAUUGCUCUGCGUCUCAAAUUGCCAGACGCACGGCCCAUGGAUCAUGACGAGAAUUAUGAAAUCGUUUUGAAUUGGCUUCGGCAUACCACCGAAGGAGGAAUAGAGAUUCACUCAUGGGACUCCGAAACUGGCUCUCAAUUCCUCCUGCAUCUUCUAUCCACGGAUAUAGGAGAUGAGCUGAGUAUAGCUGAUAUCAAAUCCGCUGACCAGCUAGCUGAAAAGUUGAGCGGGCAUGCUCUUGCACUUUCGCACAUGGCAGGUCUAAUACAUCGACGUUCUUGGUCGAUUUCCGAGUUUAUGGACAUUUACAAGAAGCAGCCGCAAAAGAUGCAUGGAAUUUCCGGAAACACGUCUAUCAACGCUCUGUGGGAUAUAUCCUUUAAUUCGCUUGAUCACAAGAGCCGAGAGAUCUUAGGUGUUUUGAGCUUCACGGCUCCCGAGGCCAUUCCACAAGCGCUUUUCGAAGCAGAGUCUGAAGCUGGUCUACCUGAGCCUCUCAGGUUUUGCGCUGACAACUUAGUGUUCUGGGACGCAAUAGAUGACCUCCUUUCUCGAGCUCUUAUCAAGAGAGACAAAAAGACAAAGUCAUUUUCGCUGCAUAGGCUAGUGCAGACAUCAUUCAAAUACUUCCUGACUCCAGAGCAGAGACAAAGAUCGUUCAACAAUGCUGCCAUUUUAGUCCAUACAGCCUAUCCCAAACUCGACGGCGUAUCGCAGCUGUAUCAAAUGUGGAGCCGCUGCAGGGAUCUACUGCCACACGUUAUCAGUCUGAAAGAUGAAUUUCGUGAAGAGAAAAGCACCACUCCUGCCUUCACCGCCCCAUGGCAGUUUUGCGACCUCAAUAACCUGUGUGAAAGAUAUCUACUAGAGACCAACUUGUAUAAAGAGCUCGAAGAUCUACUUGAGGUGGAUCAAAUGGCUUUAGACACAGUACCGAUCGAGGAACAAACCAAUGACAUGCCUUCAUCAAUAACCUCAUAUAAAGGUCAGUUAUACGUUCGCACAGGAAAGGCUAUCGAAGGUAUGAAGAUAUUGAAGAAAUCUUACGACAUACGAGCCGGAGCUGUACCCGAAGAUGUAAGGGAAACAGCAUGGGCACUAGAGAAUGCAGGUAAUGGAAUAGCCACGACCAAUGCACUUGACGAGGCGAUAACUUGGCUUGAGCGAUCUAUUGCUACUUGGCUGAGAUGGGCUGAGACAGAAGGUCCCGAAAAGGGAGUCUAUCCGGCGGUCCUCAAGAAGAGCUACGGCAUGAUUCUUGUCUGGGCCGGGCAGUACAAGAAAGCUAGGACAGUCCUGGAGGAAGGAAUUCAACAAAUUGAGUCGACUACGCCAUAUAACUGGGCAAUGGCUGCCUACACGCAUUUUGCGCUCGGCACGUUGGACCGGCUUGAACGCAACUACGAUGCUUCAGAAUCUCAUUUUAUGCAAGCACAGAACAUGUGGACUCAAGGAGACCAACUACGUAACGAUCCUUUUAAUGCGGCUUGCAUAUAUCGGAUGGGCUGUGUAGCACUUGAUCAGGGUAAUUUGGAAGGCUCAAUCAAACACUUCAGGGAUGCUAUGAUCCUUACAGAUAGGCGCAAGACCACUCUUCGGGCAGAGCAUGCAAGGUGUCUGUUCAAAUUGUCCGAAGCCUUUGCACAAGAACCCCGACAUGAGUUAGAGGCAGAUGGGCUUCGAACUGAAGCAGAAUCUUUGCUGCGCGAGAUUGAUCCGGAGAUUGUAGACUGCGGGAUAGAGCUUGCCUAUGACUCGAAAGUCAAUAUACAAUGGCGUUGA